AUUGGGUGAGAUAAAUGGAGAAACUUGAGUUUUCCCAACCAAAAAUACCGACUGUAGAUAUUGAUAAGAAAAUUGAGAAGUUUUAUGACCAACAUGAUGGUGCUUCAGACCCUACUAUUCUUGGACAGAGGAUUCACUACCCAUUUAGGUACACGUUUAAAACAGAUAAGAAGGAAUUAUUAUCAUUGCUGAGGACUUCUAAUAAGGUUUUAAAAGAGUUUGACGAUGACUUGACUAAGUUGUUAAACGAAAAGCAUCCUAUAUUCUUGACUUAUGAAGAAGAACUAAAGCAAGUUGAUGCCAGAAUCAGAAAUAUGGAGUUGCUGAUAGUGGUCUGUAUUAUCAAUAUAUGCGAGAACUCGAUUGAUGAUAUUAUUUAUGAAGAGAGCACAUAUGGGUUGAAGAAACAUUUAUUUGAAGCAAUUGAUGAAAUUAAAUAACGAUAUCCCUUAUUUCAGUGUUAAUUCUGAAGUUGAGAACUACGCUUUGAGGGAAGCAGAGAUCAAUAUUAAUGCAGUCUAUUGUGUUUGAUUAGCUUUAGUGAAACAAUCCUGGCUUACAAUGAUGUCCAUGGCUAAUCUUAAAGACCAAGAUGACAAACAUACAAGAAGGGACCUUCUUUAUGUGAGCUUUAAACUGGCUGCAUUUUUCGAUUUCUUGUACUCUGCUUUGUUGGUUCCUAAAGAUUGUGUAUUUUGGGAUACAGAGCCUACUCCGGAAGUUGAAAAGAUGCUAAGAUGCUAUGAAUAUAGAGACCCUGAAAACAUUGAAGAGCAUCUUGAGGCAACCAAAAAGAAACUUGAAAGCUUUGAUUUAACAAUUGCGGUUGCAUCAAAGGGAUUCAGAAGUGGUUCGAUGUUUAAGCAACUAUUUGAUGGUGUCAGAUUUUUGAUAAAAUAUAAGAAGGAUAAGGAUAGAGCAAAGACUCAGUCUCAGUUCUUCAUGACUGUGUUACAAGAGAAGACUAUUCUAAGAAUGAUGAGGUUUACUGAAACUGAUCUAGUGAAGACUCAAAUUAGAAGAGGGCUAGAUCCUAUAGCUGUGGAUAAAUAAGAUUUAUAUCCCAUUUUCAGAAGGAGACUUGUUAACUGAAGAUAAUUUAGAUGACGAUACAUGUCCUAUAAUGAUUCAAGAAGACCUUGAAAUGAAGUGCAAGUUUAGCAAGAAGAAAUACGAUCCUACUAAGUCUGUAAAGGUUAGAAUUGUGUCUGGAGUAGACUGGAUGGGAGUAAAUUGGAAGAAAAAGAAAUUAGUUGAUCCUGAUAUGGAACCUAUAGAAGUCAAAGCUGUAAUGAUUCAUAUUCAUGGAGGGGGAUUUUUAGGAGGAUCAUCCUCAUCAUCAAGAUCUACAACAUUUAGAUGGUCUGAGAAACUGGGGAUUCCUCUUUUCUCAAUAGAUUAUCGGCUCUCUCCUGAUUAUAAAUUCCCAGAUGCUUUGAAUGAUUGAUGGCAAGCAUACCUUUGGAUCUUAAAAUACAGUGAAAGAUAUUUAAAACUCAAACCAUUAAAAAUCAUAGUAAAUGGAGACUCAGCAGGUGGAAAUUUAUGAAUAGGUAUAAUCAACCUUGCAAUUCAAAAGAAUGUAAAAAUGCCUGACUUUGGAUUUAUUAUUUAUCCUUCACUAAGAAUCAGCCCGGUGCAUUUGGUACCAUCAUUUUUGCUAUCAUGAGACGAUCAAUUAUUGAAUAGUACAUUUCUGAAAUUGGUUUUGCAGAGUUAUCCGACAGAUUACAUGAGAGAUAAUGAGCAUUAUUUACUUUCUCCUGGGAUAACUCCUGACUCUAUGGUUUCAAGAUACCCACCAAUGAGGUUUUUGAUUGCAGGCUUAGACCCACUCAGAGACGAUCAAAUACAGUUUAUGAUGAAAAUGGCAUCUUGUGAAAUUGAUGUUAAAGCAAUUGAAUACAGAUAUCUUGUGCAUGCUUUUCUUGGGCAAGCAAAUGAUCCAGAAGGCGUUGAAGAAGCAAAGAAAGCAGAAGAACAAGGGUUAGAAUGGGUUCAGGAAUUUAUUGAUGAUUUACCAGAUACUGCAUAAUCAGACACCAUUUCAACAA